AAUUCCCUUAAACCUCUAAUCAAAUCAAACACCCCCAAUCCAAACAUGGCGUCUCCUUCCUCUGACCUGCUCCAUUUCCACGCGUUUCUGUCUUCUUCGCCAAGGAACUCAUUCACCCUCUGACCAAUGCGCAGUCAAAAGCCAAACAAUUCCUCACAUAUUUGCCCCAUUUCGAACUUUCAAAUGAACCAAACAGCGAGCGCUUGAUCUGCGUCAUUCUCGAUACCAAGAAAUCUUUUAUCUUUCGCUGAAAAAAAAAGAAGAAAAGAAACCCAUUGCUGGAUCUGAGUUGGUAGGCAUGGUACUGCCGCUCCUGAAGCUUGGGACUUUGGCCUUGAAGACUCUGAGCAAACCAGUUGCUAGUAGGCUCAAGAAACAAGCCGGUUUGCAUCCCAGAUUCCGCCAGUUUAUUGUCGACAUCGCUCAGAAAAACCACCAAAUCACCACACAAAUGCAAAGACGCAUCUAUGGCCACGCAACAGAUGUUGAAAUCCGUCCGUUGAAUGAGGAGAAAGCUGUACAGGCUGCUGUAGACCUUAUGGGUGAAGUAUUUGUUUUCUCUGUUGCAGGAAUUGCUCUGAUCUUUGAAGUGCAAAGAAGUUCUAGAUCAGAAGCCAGAAAGGAGGAAAUUCGCAGGAAAGAAUUGGAGAUGAUGAAGCAAAGAGACGAGGAGUUGUCAAGAGAAGUGCAGAGCCUUAGGCGCAAACUUGAAGAACUAGAAGAGCUCUCAAAGAAAAGAGGUCUUGGUGCUGUUUUCAAUUUCAAGCAUGCCUCUAUAGAAGCUGGAAAAUCAGCAGAACCAGCCUGAUCUAAUUACAAGAUUUACGAAACGAAUUAUAAACUCCGAUAUUAUUUUUGCUCUCUUAAUACAAUACUUGCCUCCAAGCCAUUCUUUUGACCUAGGGUCAUCAUUCAGAUUGAGUUUAUGCUUUUUCUUCCCACCCCACAUGUAGAUGAAUACUAUCUACGUUGAGGGUCUGUUUGGAUCGCGGGAAAAUAAAAUGAAAGCGGCCGAUAUUGUUGAACAAGGUAAACUCAAAUGUGGUUCCAAAUGGCCAGCCAUAGUUUACUUUCUAUACGCUUGUUCUUUUGUAUGAGCACAAUAGUGAUUACUGAAUACUCUUUAUAGCAUACAGAUCACUAUUGGCAUUUUACACGCCCUUGCAAAAGGGCUUCAAUGGUUUCAUGUGUGGCCAAAAGCUUUUCUGUGCUGACUCACUGGGAAUUUGAUUGCGAUGGCCAUACUGAUCUAGAUUUAUAAAGCAUAAAGUGCUGAUUUUUUUCAACGAAGUUCCUUUCGUCGUAC